UUCAAUUCAAUAAGCACCCCAAUCUCAACAGCCAACGCAAUGGCUCUCAUCGUCGACAAGCAUCGCCCGCGGUCCCUCGAGGCUCUGUCAUAUCACCAUGAGCUUUCUGAGAGACUCCAAUCUCUCGCGCAAAGCGGUGACUUCCCCCAUCUCCUAGUCUACGGCCCUUCAGGAGCCGGAAAGAAGACAAGAAUAGUGGCAACGCUGAAGGAACUGUACGGCCCCGGCGUGGAGAAGAUCAAGAUCGACGCACGAGUGUUCCAGACGUCUAGCAACCGAAAGCUCGAGUUCAACAUUGUCGCCUCAAACUACCACUUGGAAAUCACACCAUCCGACGUAGGGCAAUAUGAUCGAGUUGUCGUGCAGGAUCUUUUGAAAGAGGUGGCACAGACGCAGCAGGUGGACCAGUCAGCGAAGCAGCGAUUCAAAGUCGUCGUCAUCAAUGAAGCAGACCACCUCACCAGAGACGCCCAGGCUGCCCUUCGUCGCACCAUGGAAAAAUACUCUCCAAACCUGCGUCUAAUUCUGUUGGCCAACUCAACAGCCAACAUCAUCGCGCCUAUUCGUUCAAGAACUUUGCUUGUCAGAGUUGCCGCCCCAACACAUGCGGAAAUCUGCGACGUCCUGGCGCAAUCGGCAAAGAAAGAGAAUUGGGAAGUUGUCAAAGGACUCCAUCAGCGCAUAGCCGAGGAGAGUGGAAGAAAUCUUCGCCGCGCGCUACUGAUGUAUGAAGCGGUUCACGCUCAGAACGAGAAAGUAACAGACAGCACACCGAUUCCACCAGCAGAUUGGGAAGCGCUCGUCGGACAGAUCGCCAAGGAGAUCAUAGAAGAACACACGCCAGCGAGGAUCUUGCAAGUGCGCGCCAAACUGUAUGAUCUCCUAACACAUUGCAUCCCACCAACAACAAUUCUCAAGACCCUUACCUUCAAGCUAUUGGGUCUCAUUGACGAUGGGCUAAAGGGGGAGGUUAUAAAGUGGUCCGCCUUUUACGAGCACCGAAUCAAGACUGGCACCAAGGUUAUCUUUCACCUGGAAGCGUUUGUGGCGAAAUUUAUGCGCAUUUUGGAAAUGUACCUCAUGAGCAUGGACAUGUAGGCAGUUGCACUGAUUGGUCAUGACGGCGUCUGGAGUAUUCCAAAAAAUAAUCGAAAGGAAGCUUUGUUCUUAGGGCCCUUUAAUUUUACCAAUGUGUUAUUCGUUGGCUCGGGAUGUUCCCCGGUCAAAGCU